AACUGAAGAUAUUUACGUGGUACUCAGUAGGUUCUUCUGCGACUCAAAUGUCACAUCGAAGGGUUCAUGAAAGCAAUAAUACUGAAUGUCGAAGCGCCUACGCUGGGGUAACCCUUAGCAAGAGAAGGCGAGGCGAGAAGGUCCGGACAGACCACAACGGUGUUCGGACACGAAAUUACACGUCCACACGAGUCUUUGGUUCGAAGCCUUACGUUGGUGAACGUGACGAUGGAACGGGAUUUGAAACUAGGGAAAGUCGACACUAGAACGACAAUCCUUUGAUCGGAACGUGCAUUUCAGUAUGACCCGGAUUGGUAUAUAAUUUACUGCCGACAACUGUUGUGGACAUGAGUCGGUAGAUAGACAGGGAGAGAGAGCGGGAACACAUGAACUGCAAAAUCUGAGAAAUCAUGAAUCCUCUCACGCAAGUGAAGAAUACUCAGAAAAUCACCGCACGAGAGGCAGCAGCAGGGAUCUCAGAGCAGGGUUCUUGGCACGAGCGAUAUAAGGACUCAGCUUACAUCUACAUCGGUGGGCUGCCUUUUGAUCUCACUGAGGGUGAUCUCCUCGCCGUUUUCGCCCAGUAUGGCGAAAUUGUGGAUGUGAAUCUGGUGAGAGACAAGGGAACCGGAAAGUCCAAGGGUUUUGCUUUCGUGGCUUACGAGAAUCAAAAAAGCACCAUACUUGCAGUUGAUAAUCUGAAUGGGGCGAGAGUAAUCGGACGCAUUAUUCGUGUGGACCAUGUUGUGAAUUACAAGAAGAAAAAGGAAGAAGAUGAGGAGGAGGAACAACGCAAGAGAGAAGAACGGGGCGUUUGCUAUGCUUUCCAGCGUGGAGAGUGCAACCGAGGAGCUGGUUGCAAAUUUUCCCAUGAUGAGCAGAGGAAUGCUAAUACUGGAUGGGGCAAGAAAGAGGAUGGGCCAACAUUCGGUAAGAAAGAAGGUGGUAACAGAAGGAGGGAUGAUGGACCACCUGCUCCACCACCUUGGAGACGGGAGAAGAAGAACGAUGACCCCCCACCAUCGAGACCAGGGGUACAAGUGUUUGACCGGGCCAGCAAAGAUAAUACCACUGGAAUAGAUACAAAGGGCUCUGAAGGCGGUUUCAAAAGACGAAUGGAAGUUGACGGUGGCAGGGUAGGAAGAGACAUUCGGCCUAAAGAUGAGAACGAUAGCGAUAGAGGAAGGGAUGCUCGUGGUAACGAUGCCAAAGAUAUGUAUUCUAGGGACAGAGAGGAUGGAAUGAGUUCCAGACGGGAACGGGCCGAAGGAAGAGGUUUUCGAGAUGAGCCAUAUGAAUCUAGAGAGCGAGAUGGCUCGUCUAGAGCUGACAGAGGAGGAGGGAGGAGAGAAGAACGAGAUGGAGGAAGAAGUGGAAGAGGUGGACGAGACGAAAUUGACGGAGGAAGAGGGUCGAGAGAUACAAGGGACGAUGGUGGCAGAGGUCAUAGAGGUGAAAGGGACGAUGGUGGCCGAGCAUACAAGGAUGAACUAAAUGCUGGUGGCCAUAAAAGUGGUCGUUUUAGCGAUGGUUAUUCUAGGAGAUAACAGACCUGAAUGGAAGAUAGUGAAGCUUCUCUGUACGUAGUGCAAUGCGAUGUAGACAGGGUUGUUGUUCAUCCAUUGUGCUCAAAGCUUUGAGAAAUGUGCUUGUCAAAGGUUCAUGAUGAAUGGAGAGUUUCACGUUGGGAAGAGCUUUGUCAAGACUUGCAUGACGACACAGCUUGUGCAGGCUUAGCGGCAGGCAACUCAGAGUGUACGAUAUUGAGUCUGCCAUGAACCCAGAGUUCUUGCUGCAACAAGAAAUACAUUUCUCCCAGUAAUUGUAUAUCUACCUUCUGAUUUUACCUCUCUCUGUUCAGCAGCUUGCAACCAAUCGGACACUGAAGCUUACUGGUGUGAAAAUAGCUGAAAAGUCCACAACCUCGAAGUAAGCAAUGUAACCGAAGUACGUAGAAUCUUUCUAUUGACGUCCUGUUUGUUAUGCACGAGAUUCAACUCGACUCAUAACGAGAGCACUGACAAUGGAAUAAUUCAUGUCAAUAUUUUCUGG